GAGCUGAACGUUUGCCUCCACUGGGCGGCGUACGCAGGAAACGUGGACAUAGCGGAGCUGGUGUUGAACGCCGGCUGUUCGCUCUCCUCGGUUAACGUGCACGGAGACACGCCGCUCCACAUCGCUGCCAGAGAGGGCUUCUUGGACUGCGUCACGUUGUUUCUGUCGAGGGGAGCAGAUAUCGACGUGGUGAACAGAGAGGGAGACACGCCCCUCAGCCUGGCGAGGGCCGACACUCCGGUGUGGGUCUCGCUUCAGAUCAACCGGAGGCUGCGGCGAGGAAUAACCAAUCGUCUGAUUCGGACAGAAAGGAUCAUCUGCAUCGACGUGGCUCAGGGCUACGAGAACAUCCCCAUCCCCUGUGUGAACGCCGUGGACGACGAAGGCUGCCCCUCAGAUUACAAAUARGUCUCAGAAAACUGUGAAACUUCAGCGAUGAACAUAGACCGGAAUUUCACUCACUUACAGCAUUGUAGCUGCACCGACGACUGCUCAUCGAGUAACUGUCUCUGUGGUCAGCUGAGCAUCCGCUGCUGGUACGACAAGAGUCCGUCUGCAGCUCUACAGGACAGAGAAGAUGGGAUGGGGAGUUCGAGCGAUGCAGGACAUUCCUCAGGGAAGCUUCAUCUGCGAAUACGUUGGGGAGCUGAUAUCUGAUGCUGAAGCUGACGUUAGAGAAGAUGACUCCUACCUGUUUGACCUGGACAACAAGGACGGGGAGGUGUACUGCAUCGACGCCCGCUACUACGGCAACAUCAGCCGCUUCAUCAACCACCUGUGUGACCCAAACCUGAUCCCGGUGCGCGUCUUCAUGCUGCAUCAGGACCUGCGAUUCCCCCGCAUCGCCUUCUUCAGCUCCAGGGACAUCCUGAGUGGGCAGGAGCUGGGGUUUGACUACGGAGACCGGUUUUGGGAUAUUAAGAGCAAGUAUUUCACCUGUCAGUGCGGGUCGGAGAAGUGCAAACACUCGGCCGAGGCCAUCGCGUUGGAGCAGAGCAGGCUGGCCCGGAUGGAGGCCUGCUCAGAAUCUGGAACAGACUGUGGGAUGACCAUGCUGGGAAACUCUUAAAACAAUAACUCAUAAGGCCUUAGGAUGAACGCCUUGGUUUACACGCACACAUUCAACGCUAGGAAAGAGUUUCGUUUGUUUUACUUUCUCUGUUUGCCAAGUUCGGUGCUGUUACGUUUUUAGU